ACGAAAAAAAAAAGAGAGAGAGAGAGAGAGAGAGAGAGAGAGGCGAGAGGGAUCAACGGCUUUAAUUCGAAUUCUCGGACUCACUUCUCCGCACUUGGCUUUAUUAAUCCUCACUAUAAAUUCCUCAGAAGGUGUUUUGACUGCGUUGGCCUUCUUCCACUCCUUUUUCUCGUCCUUCUUCCCCCGAGAGGACCUUACCAUUGUCUUCACUCUUUACUAUUUACUUAUGGCAUCUGGUAGUCCAUAUCUUGAUGAAAUGAGAGUCAGUCCCGAGGUUAUUGAUCCCCCUAAAAAUGAAGAUAUGAUGGAAGUCACUGAACAUGUGAAUGAACAUAUUCAGCAUUCAGCGAAGCCAAAUGUUGCUGUUGCUAGUAAUGUACUUGAACUCCUGGAGUGUCCUGUGUGCUUAAAUGCCAUGUAUCCACCCAUUCAUCAGUGUUCAAAUGGCCAUACGUUGUGUUCCGGAUGCAAGCCUAGAGUUCAUAAUCGGUGUCCCACUUGCAGGCAUGAGCUGGGCAAUAUAAGAUGUCUUGCACUGGAGAAGGUGGCUGCUUCUCUUGAACUGCCCUGCAAAUACCAGAGCUUUGGGUGUCUGGGCAUAUAUCCUUACUACUGCAAGUUGAAACAUGAAUCACAAUGUGCCUAUAGACCCUACAAUUGUCCCUAUGCUGGAUCAGAGUGCACUGUUGUAGGUGACAUUCCUUAUUUGGUGUCUCACUUAAAAGAUGAUCACAAGGUUGACAUGCACAAUGGAAGCACGUUUAACCAUCGAUAUGUCAAAUCAAAUCCACAUGAGGUUGAGAAUGCAACAUGGAUGCUAACGGUCUUCAGUUGUUUUGGGCAAUACUUCUGCCUGCAUUUUGAGGCAUUUCAGCUGGGCAUGGCACCUGUAUACAUAGCUUUCUUGCGAUUCAUGGGGGAUGAUACUGAAGCGAAAAACUAUAGCUAUAGUCUCGAGGUUGGAGGUAAUGGACGCAAGAUGAUCUGGCAAGGGGUUCCCCGAAGUAUAAGAGAUAGCCAUCGGAAGGUGCGGGACAGUUAUGAUGGGCUUAUUAUCCAACGGAAUAUGGCCUUGUUUUUCUCAGGUGGGGAUCGGAAAGAGCUGAAGCUGAGGGUAACUGGGAGGAUUUGGAAGGAACAAUGAGAAUCCUUCCUGCUCUCUAUUUCCAGUUCAGCUUCACUUCUUUCGUGGUCCCUAGAUGAUCUAUAUUUAUGUCUCUUCAGAUCCUAUAUAUAUUUUGAGGUAGAUGAUGUAUUUAAGGCAAACUCUCUUUGCUAAGAAUGAUGGUCAAACUGGACUGGAAAGGCAUGAAACAUAUUCUUUUGUAGUGUAAAUGCCAGAUAUAGAGAACUUUGGUGCUGUCUGUUGUAUCAGCCAUCCUAUGUGUUUCUGUUUUGGUAGUCCUGUGGCAAGGUAAUUCUAUCUUGAAAUUUUAUUGGAUCUUUGAAUCAGAGCAAUAAUGCAUGGAGCUUUUAAAGCC